AUGUCAACAAUUUACAUUGUCAUCAUCAGUUUAUAUAGUAUACUACUCCUGAGUUCAAUUGUACACAAACAUGUCAACAAUUUACAUGGUCAUCAUCAGUUUAUAUGGUAUACUACUCCUGAGUUCAAUUGUACACAAACAUGUCAACAAUUUACAUGGUCAUCAUCAGUUUAUAUAGUAUACUACUCCUGA